UCUCGCGAUAUGUUAAGACAACCGGCGCCAUAGACCUCAGCGAACCUCAGCGUCGGAGAAGAGAAGCUCGCGAGAUCUCUGCAGUUGCCCAGGAGACUAAGAGGAGGAGAGGUGAUCUCGCGAAAGAAAAGAGGUCGGGAGCACUCGCGAGAUCUCAGACCACCGGACCCGAAAGGUUCUUAAGAAGUUGAAGGGCCCUCAGGAGGCCCGGGGGCAAAUGGCCGGAGCCGGACCAACCAUGCUGCUACGCGAGGAGAACGGUUGUUGCAGCCGGCGUCAAAGCAGCUCCAGCGCCGGGGACUCAGACGGGGAGCGCGAGGACUCGCCGGCUGCGCGGGCCCGGCAGCAGCUGGAGGCGCUGCUCAACAAGACUAUGCGCAUUCGCAUGACAGAUGGACGGACCCUGGUCGGCUGCUUCUUGUGCACCGACCGCGACUGCAAUGUCAUCCUGGGCUCGGCGCAGGAGUUCCUCAAACCGUCGGAUUCCUUCUCUGCGGGAGAACCCCGUGUGCUGGGCCUGGCCAUGGUACCCGGCCACCACAUCGUUUCUAUUGAGGUGCAAAGAGAGAGCCUGGCAGGGCCUCCCUAUCUCUGACCACGAUCGCGCAGGCUUUUCAGACCAUUAAACCUGUAAACAAA